AUGUUUAGUUUCAUGAAAAAAGAUAAAGAGAAGGACAAAGAAAAGAAGGAGAAGAAUGAGAAGAAGAAAAGAGAGAAAGAUGAAAGAAAGGAAAGGGUGAAAAAAGAGAGACAAAAUAUGACAGUGGAAGAGAUCUCUAGGCUUGAGGAAAUGAAGAAAGGGCUUUUAAGAAGAUUUAGCGAUAAAGACAAGAAACGAUGGUCAUUUAAAACGUUUCAUUCUGCGAGUUUGCCAGAAAAUGAAGCAGCUGGUGAAGCAACAUUAGCACCAUCGAACAUGUCCAAGGAAGACAGACCUCUGGCCGAUUGUCGAUCUUUACCUGGUUAUCAGGGAAGUGUCAGUGACGCAAAAAAGGCACUGCCACCAUCGGCAGUCAAGAGCAUCCUGAAGGGGAAGAAUGAAGUACAGCACCAGCAUGAAACAGUGAAUCUCGAUGAUUCCAAGCUACUGCAAGAGAACACCAGAAGGAAUAAAGAAAUACUGAUGAAUCAGACAUUAGACACAGGGAUAGCUGCAGCAUCAACACAACAAAUUAAAUCUCUGGAUGUUUCCAUAGAAAAACAGCAUAUGAAACAUAUGUCUAGUCUGUUAACAACUUCUGAAGUACAGUCAUCUGCCACAGAUUCUGUACCAAAAGAUGAUGAUGUGAAUGAGGAGGACAAGAAUCUGUCAAAUCUUCCAUUGCCAGCCAUCAUUCCUCCAAAGCCGCCUAGAAUCCGAGAAGUGCAGGUGCACCGGCUGCAGUCUGGUGGGUUUGGGUUUAGUCUGCGUAAAAGUGUGAUUCCACAACAAGGCGAUGGACCUCCCAAAGUGAUCACCUUUGCCGAACCUGGAAAUGGACCAAACAGUGUUAGGAUUGGACUCUUACCUGGAGACAGGUUAAUUGAGGUCAAUGGACAGAAUGUAGAAACAAAAAGUCGAGAAGAUAUAGCAGAAAUCAUCAAGCAGUCUGCAGACAGCCUGAUAUUGAAAGUCCAGCCUAUUCUGGAGCUGAUUGAGCUGAGUGUGAGACCCAACCGUGAUGGCACAAGUACUGACCUACCAGAGGAUGCAGCAAGAACUGGCACUCUCCGAAGAAGUGGCAGCCUCAGAUAUAAGCCUAGA